CUCUUGCUGCAACAGUCGAGUGGGGUUUUUGUAAAGACUAUCCCGUUCAAGAAAACUUCACCAUGGCUCAGUAUUUGGGAACAUGGUAUGAAAUUGAACAAACCGACUCUGAGAAGGGAAACAGAUGCCUCAUGGAACAAUACAUUGUGAAUAAAGAUAAUAAGGUGGAACUUCUGACACAGAUUGUUCAAGAUGAUGGUUCUGUGGAAAUUCAUGAAGGAGAAAUACUUUACGAAUCACAAAUCAAGAAUCCUGCUAAAUUUCACUUCAGAAUUUCAUCAGAAUUUGAGCGGUUUGGACUCAUGGGACCGGAACCAAGUAGCAGGUUCGUGAUGAGAUAUUGGGUAUUAGCCACUGACUACACAACGUACUCGCUUGUGUACUCAUGCAUUACUGCUUUGGGAAUUACACACAGACAUUAUGUCUGGAUUAUGGGACGAGAACGAUAUUUAUCAAAGAAUGUUACUGACAACCUGCAUGAACUACUGACCACAAAUAAUAUCAAAGUUACACUUUUUCCAACUGAUCAGAACAAUUGUGAGAUAAAAUACUGAGAACUGUAAAAAAAUGUAAACACUGUAAUCAUUAUCAAAAAUCAACGUCUUUACUUUAUUCCACUGUUAUUUACAUUAGGAUAACCAGGAUUUUUACCAUAUCCACUGAGCGAUGAGCUAAGUGCAAUUUUUACAUCCCUAAAUUUAUGAGUUGUAAUGAACAACACUGAAAUAUGUCAUAAAUUUCAACAUUAUUCAUAUUAAAGUCAGUUCUCAAAUUACAAUCAGCUGGCAUUAACAAUUUAUUCACAAUUCUGUUAAAAUGGUAUGGAAUAAGUAGAAUGACUAACUUAGUUCUAUUUAUUCAUGUGUGUAUAUAUUUAUAUAAUGGUAUAUGGACACA